AUGAAGGUCUUUGGAUUCCUGACCGCUCUGUUGGCAACGGCCAGCGCUGCUUCGGUUAUCUCCCCGGAAGAGAAGGCAGACUGGGAGGGCUGCACCAACGAUUUGAUAUCCGCUUACAACCGCGGCGCCGCCGGAGACAAGACCUCGUGCGUUUUCUGGGAGUGCCUUCACAAAAACGCCGACAAGUACCACCGUGGCGGCGGCAUCGCCGCCCUCUCCAACAUCAUCACCCCAGUUUGCCUUCCCGUUAUCGCCUGGCCGUGGGAUCCGCACACCGCGCCUAAGCCGAGUUGGCAGGAAGUUGAAGACUGGCGCACCUGCACUCGAGACCUCAUCAAGACCUUUGACAGCCCAACCAGCGGUAAUGAAGCGGCAUGCAGGAUGUGGGCCUGCCUUCAUAACAACGUUAGCAAGUAUAAUCGCGGAGGGAUCGUCACUCAAUCCUCCAAGCUGCUCACUCCGCUCUGCAACUUCAAGGGGCUCAUACCGGACUGGAAUUAA